GGGAAUCUGCUGGCUCCACCGACACUCUCACUGAACUCCAGUCACGAUUUUACUGGAGUUAUAAGAGACUGAGCUGACACAAAAAUGAGGGGACUUGUUGUCUUGGUUACUUUGGCCUGCUUUGCCACAGCUCAGCACCAAGCACUGAUUGACUACUUGGAGCGGAGGCUGCUUGCUAUUGAGGACAGGAUCUCUCUGUGGCAUGAACAGACCACCCGCUACGCCUCAGAGCUGCGGGAGCUGAAGCAACAAAUGGUUUCCCAGCUGGAGAACCUGGACAAAGAAAAAGAAGCACUGAGAAUGAAUCUGGACGGAGUGGGGACGAGGGUGGACCGGGUCGAGAGGGAGCUGGACUACCUGGAGACGCAGAACGGGGCUCAGCCAUGUGUGGAUGUGGACGACAAGCUGAUAGAGCAGCAGGUGACUCUGGUGAAGGAGAAGCAGAAGGCCCAGUAUCUAAAACUCUCAGAUUGCAGCGACAUGAUCUCCAGCAUCAAAGCCAUGAAGAUCCUGAAGCGAGUCGGGGGGCAAAAAGGAAUGUGGACCAAAGACACCAGCAGGGCGUCUGGUAAGGUCUACAUCUUUAACGGGACAGAUGAGGACACCAUCCAUGAGUUUGCGACUAUACAAGACUUCACCCGCUCACAGGGCAUGUCUCUGUCCAAUAACCUGAAGCUGCCGUCUGCCUGGAAAGGAACUGGACAUGUGGUGUACAAAAAUAACGUAUAUUAUAUAAAUCAAGGUGAAGAGAUAACGGUGGUUAAAUAUGACACAAGGAAUAACUCUGUGACGGACAGUGCAGUGUUUCCAGUGCAGGAUCACGUCCCGGUGUACGGCCUCACCCCUGAGACGGUGAUGGACCUGGCUGUGGAUGAGGAAGGUCUUUGGGCAAUUUACGCCACACGACAAAACGAGAGACACAUCUCUCUGGCUAAAAUGGACACCAGCUCACUGGACAUUGAGCAGAUGUGGGAUACAAACUGUCCACGAGAGAACGCAGAGGCGGCUUUUGUCAUCUGUGGCACUCUGUAUGUAGCGUACAACACCAAGCAGCCCGGUCGCUCACGAGUACAGUGUGUGUUCGACGUCAAUGGCAUGGUGACCAACGAGGAAGCACCGCUGGUUUAUUUUCCAAAACGCUACGGAUCUCACUCCAGUCUGAAGUACAAUCCACAGGAGCAGCUGCUCUACGCCUGGGAUGACGGCUACCAGAUCCUGUACAAGCUCAUCAUGAAAAAGAAGCUAGAGAUUUGAGCUAAAUGUAACCAAACCAUACCAGUAUUUUUGAAAGAUUUUAGCUCCUUAACUACAAAUAUUUUCCUUGCUUCUGAUCAUUUUUAAUGUGUGCUGUCGAAUUUUUGACAUUUGAAUGUGUCAUCAGUUGAAUCAGUCAUACAGGUCAGAACUUCAGGAGGCAACUAGGCUUUUUUUUUUUAGUUCAUGAAGACAUUUUAUCAAAAUCCAAGACAGUUUUUCAGGUCUAACUGACCGAUGGAGAGUCCCAGAUAUAUAUAUUACAUAUAUCGCCCUCAAACCAUAUGUCAAUUGGCUCAUUAACAACACAUGACUCACAUGCCUCGAGGUUUAAAUGGUUGUGAAACUGACAGAUCAGAGAUGACUUAAUGAUGGUGAAAUUUUCUGGGGAGAGAUCUUAAGACUGAUAGGUUGUCGUAGACCCCUUUUUCUGUUUAGGGAUGGAUGUUCCAGUUUAACAUAGAUUUCUUAAACUGACAGUUUCACAACCACUGAUACUUUGAGGCAUGCCAGUCUUCGGCUGGUAAUGAGUCAUGGGAUUUCGGGGUGACAGUAUAUAUCUGGGACUCCCCAUCAGUCAGUUAGAAAUAAGGAAGCCUCUUGGAUGAAGGUGAAAUAUCUUCAAGAACCAAAAGAAGCAGAGUAGUUACCUUCUACUGACGCUCUUUAGGAUUUCAUGCAGUUUUAAUACAGUAUAAAUAUUAACUCACACAUCCUGGUAAGUCUGCUUUUUGUUUUUUUCAAAGAUUCGUUAUUGGGUCGUGUCAUAAUUAUUUUAGUGAAGUCACAAAAAUUACAAGACAUUUCAGAAGAAUCAGUAGCAACUGUGAUGCACGACUCAAGCAAGUUUCAUGAGUUUGCCAUCACACUUCACACACUGGAAGCAGUGAAUCGUUAGAAGUACAAUGAAAAUACACUCAACUAUCUGAACCACCGCAGCAUGGUGUGUAAAAAAAUGAUGAUUACAGAAACUGUUUACAGCAAAUUCACAAUUAGCUUCCAACUAUUUUUGAUAAUCCAAUAAUUGGUGUGAGGAAUGUUUUUUUUUUUUUUUUUUAAAAAAGGCUAAACUCUCUAAUUCCAAGUUCUUUGAAGAGAGAAUUUUCAGGUUUCUUUCGUCCUCUGUGGCAGUAAACUGAACAGGUUUUAGGUUGUUGACAAAACAAGAUUUAGGAAUCCCAGACUAGACCGGACAAUUAUUAGACCAAACAUGUAAUUGAUAAUAAAAUGCCAAUACAAAUAUUUGUUGGUAGCAGCCCUAUUUGUAAUUAACGAGCAAAUCAUGAAAAAAUACUGGUAUAUAUUUUUUAAAUCAACAGCAAAUGUUCAAAAGUGCUGGAUUGUAAAUAGGUGUCACAUGAAGAUUAUUUCUAAUCAGACCAAGUUUUCUGCCUCUAGAGUGGAAUAUAUUUACUGUACUUACACUACCUGUGAUCUCAUAUGCUACUGUAUGUAAUGUAGGUUUCUACAGUUGGUCCAAGCACUUGUGCCCUAUUCUUUAUUCGCACAAAUGUAAUACAAAUAUGCAACCUUUAUACAUAUAAGUGAAUUUAAAACAACUGGACUGCUCACAUCUGUCCAUUUUAUGCUUCAAAUACCAUUUUGCUCUCUGAAUAAAUGGCAACAACAUCAGUCUUUAUUUCUAUUAUUCUUUUUCCAUUGCGCAAAUUGAUGAGGCAUAAAACCAGUAUCAGAGUAAAAACAAUCACAACGUUGUCACUGUAGCAGGCAUGUUUAGAGCGGCAGAAAAUGUAAUCAGGAUAUUAGGAAACCUGUAAUAAACUGCUAGCUGGCUGGCACUGUUAUGUUUCUCUCUUUACGCAUUAUGUAUAGUUUCCUCACAAGUCAAGCACAUAUGUAUUUUGUGCUUUUUACUAAUCAAAAUAAUCCCCCAAAUAAUUAACAGCAACACUACGUGUAUUAUGCCUCUUAAAUGUUUAUUAAUUUAUAUUAGAAUAUAACGUCACCAUUUCCCACUGUUUGCUUUUUUUGUUCUAAUUUCCUGACUAUCCUUUGAUUGUUGUUAAAUAAAUGGCCAACUACACUUGUUAAACACCAGCAGUCUUUUUCUGUGCGCAGCAUGUAGAUAUAAACAUAUAAUGAAGCCGCUAUGUUGGACUGUAAUAUUUUCGACUGUGGUUCACCAGUGGUAGCAGUGUAGUAGACAGAAUUAUACACACAAUUCUGUUUUUUCUGGACAAAUUCACUGUUGUUACACUCUUGGUUUCACCCCUUUUCCUUGAUGGUGACCUGUCUGUAUUUACUGACUGACGUCUUUGGCGUGACCAAUAAAAGCUCAUUUAGUUGGAAGUCUGUUGGUUGAACUGAUAUGUGAAGCAUAAAGUCGCUCAACCCUG